UAACAAAUCACAAGAGAUUAAAAAAAUAAAUAAAAAAGCAGUAAAUAUAUAUAAUACUAGAAGAUGGUUUGCAAGGUGCAGAAAAGGGUAUCACUGCGCAGAAGACUUCACAUUAUGCGAUUCUUUAACAACUCCAACAACAAUCAGGAAUAUGUUAAAAUAGAAAAAAUAAGGGAAGGAACUUUUAUGGUGAAGGUCACAUGUGAGAAAGGAGGUGACAAGUUGGUUUCUAUUUUGGAGGCUUUUGAAGAGAUUUGUAUGAAUGUUGAGCAAGCAAGUGUUUCAUGCGAAAAUGGGUUUUCUAUGGAAGCUAUUAUUGUGGCUGAGGAUCAAAAUGUUGAUAUUAGAGAUGUUAAUCAAGCACUUCUAAAAGCUAUUGGAAAGCAGAGUGGUGAAAAGGCUUUAGAAGAGAUUAAUUGACAACUUUAGUAGUAAUUUGUCAAUUUUUUAAGUUCAUUAUAAUUUGUUUGAUUUCUU